CAUUGAGAACAUAAACUUGGAGGAAGAUCAACUACUUGUCCUUAGAGAUCUUGGUGUUGAACAUAAUCUCAUUGAUGAGUCAAAAAGAAGUAAGAGAUACAAAAAUCUGUCAGAAAUAGGUGAUUAUUCUGAUCAUAUAAUAAGAAAGAGCAUCAUACAUAAUGUCACAAGAAUUUUAAGACUCAAUAUUCAAUCACGUGAAGAACAGGAACUGAUCAGAUCAUUUAUUUAAAAAGUUGUAAAAGAAUGUCUUGAAACCAUUAAGAGCAAACCUGUUGCAACAAGAGGUUACACAUCAACCUACUUGCAGGAACUUGCCAAAAAUGUCAAACAAAGAGUGACAGAGUUUGAAUCAGGGAAGAAAUUUACAUUCAAGAAGGAGUUUACAGUUGACCUUUCACUGUAUGUGUUUGAUAGGGCAGAAGGUUGGCUCUUAAACUCCCACAAGAUCUACAGAGACAACAAUGAUGCUCUGACUUAUUUGGACAACAAGAAAAAUGAGUAUUACAACAUUUUCAGAAGCUUCUGCAAAGGAAGUUCAUCUGCUGUGGUGUUUGGAGAAAUUAUGUGUAAAAAACUCAAAGUUUCUGCUGUUGAAUCCGUCUGUAACAAGACUGGAGUUGAUAUUGCUGGAGAGAUGAGGUGCAGUUUCCCAGCAUUCAGUGAGAACAGACUGAAUUUAGAGAAACAUGUGUUAGCAUCUCUGGCAGAGAAAGAAGACUUUAGCAGCUUCAUCACCUACAUCAGAAAUCCAAGAGCUCAAGUAGAGGCUUUCAUCAAAGAAGAAGUAAAGAAAUACAUGUUUACGACACAGAAAGUUAAAGUCCAGACUAUCCUUAAGAAAAAUAUAGAAGAUAUCACCAGGGUCAUCAGUCAGGCUUUGUUUGAAGCAACAGAGAAAUUCAAACACAGAAAAGGAAACAUAGAAAAGUGGGUGGAGGAAUUUUCUAGUAAACUGAAACCAAAGUUGACACUUGAUACCAUUAGUUGUCAAAACUUCAGUGACAUAAACAAUUUUGAAUUUCUUAAAGAAGAAAUAGAGAAAGGCCUGAAAAGCAUCACAACAGAGAUGAGCAAACUCUCCCUGGAAAAAGUGAAUGACUGCAGGCAGAAGCCUGAUCAGAUCCUGAUUGAUCAGCUGUGUAACUGCUGCUGGGAAAGGUGUCCAUUCUGUGCUGCUGUUUGCACAAACACUUUGAAGGACCACAGUCCUGAGAAACACAGCGUUCCUUUUCAUCGACCCUCUGGGGUUAAUGGUUGGCAUGUAAGAGGAACAGUUGAUUUCAUUGAUUUCUGUACCACCUUAGUUACAUGUAAUUUGAGAUUUCACCCAAAACCUGACUCAGAGUGGACAGUUCCGUAUAAGCGUUAUCCAACUGCUGGAGGAAAAUAUCGUUCAUGGAGCAUUACAGCUGAUAACUCUAUGCUUGCCUACUGGAAAUGGUUCAUCUGCCGCUUUCAAAAGCAACUGGAAUUGUACUAUAACAUGAAAUUUCAGGGUAGUGGAGAAAUUCCUCACUAUUGGAAAUCCUUCAGCAAGGAGGACGCCAUUGAAAGUCUGAAUGAAAUGUGUCGUUUGUGAGGAAACAAAACUGUUUAUAAAAUCUAAUGUCAUUCCUGAAGUUGAAGGUCUGCUUCCAAUCAGUGUACAAAAAUAUUGAUGUGAAAAUGAAUAGAUAAGCAUAAUAUUACCUUUUGUUUGUAAGUCCUGAUGGAGUUAUGCUUCGAGUAAAAGAUCACUGAAAUGGCCACUAACAUUGAAAUGUCAGAUAUGAGAAAUGACAGGGGUUACAUUAUGUAAACAAGUUUUCUCUUUAUCUAGAUGAAAUCAAAAUUAAUUCCAUCACAUGUUUAUGUUUCAUGUUUCAUAAAUGUAUUGUAAAAUUAAAAUUUGAAUUCCCCAUUUUGGAAGAGUAAUGACAAUGAUAUUGAUCGAGUAAAUACAUAUAACACAUUUGAGUUUUAUGAACAAAAUGUUAUUUUUUAUUGCUUUUUGUUUUUUCAUUUAUGCUCAAAUUGCAAAAUGAUUUGUUUGUUUGGCCUUUUUAACUUUUGUGUUCCAUUGGUAGGGGUCAAGGGCAGGGUCAUGUGCCAUAUCGGCUUUUUUUUUUUUGUUAAUCCAAAUAAUAUUAAGUUGUGCAAACACAAUAUAGUCAUCUAAAAGAAUUAUUUUUUAUCUUGAAUUACAUAUAAUAAAUAGGCAAUUAAUAUAUAAUAUCUUUUAUAAUGCUUAAUGUAAGAUGGAAUAGGACAUAGAAAACACAAAUAAGACAGAACACUGCUUUACCAGUUAAAAUUGUGUUUUGAUUGUAAAUGGUAUAACCUGAUUAAUAAAUUGACAAUGAUG